AUGGAAAUGAGCUUGAUGGGGAAUGAUCACAUCCACAAAAGCAUGCGGAGAGUCCUGAGCUUGCUCAAGAGUUUCUUCUUGAUGCAGCAACUGUUAUUUUUAAGGAACAGGCAUGUUCAUACCUUCACUUUUACUGUUGAAAAGGCUUUUCAGGAAGGAACAGCACGCCAGAAUGUAUAUAGUAUCUUCGUUAGUCUUGCCGUUAAGCUGUUGGAAGAACAUGUUUAUGUUGCAUGCAAGGAAAUUAUUACUUUAGAAAAGCAAAUGAAGCUUCUUGAGGAAGAAGAGAAGGAAAAGCGUGAAGAAGAAGAAGAGAGAGAAAAGAAAUAUGCUGAAAGUAUUACUCCUGUUUCUCCUGAUAUUGCAAAGGAAGAAUCUUCACUAACUGUCGAGGUUGUAGGAAAUAUUGCUAUUACUUGCAGAGACUCUGUGAGUGACACAGGUGAUAUUAUAGUGUCUGGACCUGGUUCUCCAGAUGUUCAAGCAGACCAGUUUUUAGAUGGGAAUUCCGUUUCAAGUUUGCAGAAUCACUCUUUUGAUAGUUCUGAUGGAGAAGGUACAAAGAUAACAGAUGGGAAUGGCACUUUUAUAAUCGAACAAUCAAAAUUUUCUCGUCGGAGAUUGGAAUUUCACAAUGAUGGUCAGAUCGAUCUCUCCACAAAAUGGUCUGAUCGAUGUCAGCUUGCUGUUGUUUCAGAAAGCUCUCCUGUUAAUAGAUCUGAGCCACGACAACAAAGUGAAAACUUUGAGGCUUCUUCAAGUAACUUCAAUGGAUUAAAUAGGCAAUUAAGGAUAAGCAAUGCAAAGUCCAAUGGUCGGAAUGGUAGUGUUAAGUAUGCCGAGAAAUUUCAGUGUUCCAAUGGGUGGAGUGAUAGAUGUGACUUUUACUCCAGCAGCUGCAGCCAACAAAAUGAAUACAGAGCCAAGAUUGAGCCACAUAUGUCUGCAACUAGAGUUGGUCAAGAGCCCAAAUCUGUGAUCAAGACAGAAUCUAAGUUUGCUAUGUCCAAGCAGGUCUAUAGUGGUAACAAGUAUAAUCAACAAGUUCACAUGCGUGAAUAUUUUGGGAAGCUGAAACAUAAAAUUGUUUGCAGAAACAAUCCUACCGCUCGAGAUUCACUUCAAGAAAGUUUGGGAGCCCUCAGAAGCGCAUAAAAUCUACCCCCGGAGCAACUCUGAUACGCAUAUUACUUUGAGGUCAUCUACUUACAAUGAAGGGGAUGAGCCUGAUGAUAACUUUGUUAAUUCAUCCAGUAAGGCGUGUUCAAGUGAAGCUAGUGCAAAUUUGGAUGAAAUUGAUCAUGACCGUCGCAAGGUUAAUACUUCAAGAAACUCCAACCAUUCAACAAAUAGUGACUGUCAUGUGGAAACACAUUAUCAAUGUUCUUCACUUAAUGCUGGGUGUGAGGAAGUUGGAAUUUUUCCCAACAGAAACCCUACCUUGAAUGGUAUUCCUCAUUCUACGAUUAGUAGCACUUCUAAUUCUGAUAACUUCUCCUCAUGCAUUAGUGAAGGAGAUAGAAAUACCUCCUCUUCAAAUCAUGGAAAUUUGGAAUCUUCGUCAACAUCGGAUUCUAAAGAUGCCUGUCAACAAUCAGAUAGGAGAGACACUUCAAUCUGCAUUCAAAAUGGCUUUUCUGAGUUUCAGGUGAAAGGAAUGGAUAAAAAGCAGGAAGUCAAUGGAGGGAUUGCUCUGGAAAGGCAGGCAUUGUUUGGACAUCCACUAGAUGGUACUGGGAACAAAGCUCCCGGAAAUCCGCCUACAAAAACUGCUGAAAAUUCUGAUAAUGGAAACCAACUGCCUUUAUGGGUCCUCAGCAUCAAGGCAUGUUUGCAUCAGUGCAUAGCCAACACGUACAAUUUCCAGUGUACCAAGCUCCUUCAACCAUGGGUUACUACCAUCAGAAUCCUGUUUCUUGGCCAGCACCUCCAUCUAAUGGUUUAGUGUCUUUCCCUCCUCCAAUCCCUUAUCUUUAUACUGGCCCUCUUGGCUAUGGUCUAAACGGAAACUCACAUUUAUGCAUGCCAUAUGGAACUCUGCAGCCUUUAGCUGCUCCACCGUUUAACCCUGGUCAUGUUCCAGUUUAUCAGCCAGUUUUAGAGGCCAGUGGCUUGUACACGGAGGGGAGAACUCAGAUUCCCAAGCCUUGUACAACAAUCGAAGCUUUCACCGAAUGUAACCCACUGAGGGUUGUUCCCGGCAAGCUGCAUGCAACAGAACAAGCAGCAAAUGGAGAAGGUAGGCAAAAUGAUAGCUCUGUGAAAUCACACAUGGAUGACACUAGCUUUUCCUUGUUCCAUUUUGGUGGGCUCGUGGCUCUUUCAACAGGAUGCAAAUCUAAUCCUGUACCUUUGAAAGACGAGAUCGUGGAAGAAAUUUCUUCCCAGUUUUCAGCAGAUCAUGUCGAGAAUGGUCACGGUUGCAACAAAGAGGAGUCAACUGUUGAACAAUACAAUUUGUUUGCAGCUAGUAAUGGGACAAGGUUUUCCUUCUUCUGACUUCUUUCCCAGGAUAUUGGAGAGUUCUUUAUAACUGGGCAUACAAUAAUCUAAAAUCCAAGUUUAGCUUAUAGUUUCUUAGUAGAUAGAUUGUUUACCCAAUGUGUGUCAUUUAAUUUAUUGAAUGUAGAG